UUCAAUUUCUUUUCGCAAUUUCUCUCCGGCGGUUUACUUCUCCCUUUUCUCCUCUCCUGCGUUGGGAACGAAUUGCUGAUAUCUGAAGUGCAGUAAACAUGUCUUACGACGGAUAUGGCUACCACGGAUCAUCCUUCGAGCAAACCUACCGGUGCUAUCCAGCAUCUUUCAUUGAGAAGCUGCAAAUCGAAAAUGGCGACAAAGUUAUCAUGCCUCCUUCUGCUCUCGACCGACUUGCAUCUCUUCAAAUUGAUUACCCUAUGUUAUUCGAGCUCCGAACUACUGCUACUGAGCGUGUCUCGCAUUGUGGAGUUUUGGAGUUCAUUGCUGAAGAAGGUGUGAUUUUUAUGCCCCACUGGAUGAUGGAGAAUCUGUUGUUAGAAGAAGGAGAUAUUGUGCGUGUGAAGAAUGUUUCACUUCCAAAGGGUACUUAUUUUAAACUGCAGCCUCACACUAGAGAUUUCUUGGAUGUUUCCAAUCCCAGAGUUGUCUUGGAGAACUCACUGAGGAACUUUUCUUGCCUGACCACUGGAGAUAGUAUUAUGGUGGCAUAUAAUGAUAAAAGGUAUUACAUAGAUAUCGUUGGGACGAGGCCAUCGAAUGCAAUAAGCAUCAUUGAAACUGAUUGUGAAGUGGACUUUGCCCCUCCUCUUGAUUACAAGGAACCAGAAAAGCCAUCCCAAUCCAUUCCAGAAAGCAAUUCUUCUGUUGCAGAUCAAGAACCUCCAGUUGAAACUGAACCCAAGUUUAAUCCAUUUACUGGUUCUGGGAGACGUUUGGAUGAAAAACCUUCAAAAGCCCAGCCUCAGCCUUCUUCAUCUUCGUCGUCUGGUUCUGAAGACAAGACAGUCAUGCCGAGCAGCAGUUCUAGCUCACAAAGGACUGGUCGCCGAUUUCAGGGAAAGCUCGUCUUUGGCUCAAAUGGCAAUAAUGGCACUCGUGAAACACAGAAGGAUACUUCGAAGGACGCUAAGCAAGAACCCCCUAAGAAUGAAGAUCCCAAGUUCCAGCCCUUCACAGGGAAGAAGUACUCACUCAAGGGUUGAUUUUAUUGAACACUUCUUGCUUUAUAUCCCUAACUUAGAUUCAGUAUAUUUAAAUUUAAAUUUUUGUACACUUCUUAGCUUUAUAUACCUAU